CUGACACGCAACUGGAGAGGGAUUAUUGAUAACUGGUCGCAUCUUAUUUUACUGGGUUGGUUUAAGCAUGGAGUGAAAUCUAGGCGUACUUAUCGAAAAAAAUGAAUUUUCUUAAUUUCAUGGGAAUACUGCACACCUCAAAACAACUUCUGUUCGGCGUUUCAAACGCGCAUUGAAGCUUCCUGCCCGUGGAUUAUUCAACAAGCUGUCUGAAUGGAAACCAUGUCGCCGCAGCAGCAAGAGAGUAUCAAUCCAACCCGAUGCCCAUCACUGACAGGGGAACCAAAAAUGUGUCCCCAGUUAGAGAAAAAGAGGAUGAAGUCUAUGAUGCAUCGCAGGCAGUCCGCUCCAUCGCUGGUCAUCAGUAAAGCACUUACCCGAUCCAGAACCCUGUCCAGGGAGAACUGCCUGAUGCCAGUGAGUCCAGAGACGUGCCUGCUGGUGCAGUCCUACCUGAUGCCUUCGCGCCACUUUGUUGCUCAUGCCUACGCUCAGCUCAAGACUGGCCUGCAGACACAAGAGAGGCACCUCUUCCUCUUCAACGACAUUCUCCUCAUCACAAAGGCAAAAUCAUCCACCCACUUUAAGAUGAAAGCACAGGCCUACGUGUCUCAAAUGUGGAUCGCCAAUUGUAUGGACGAGGUGUGUGAGGGCAGCACCAGCCAGGAGAGGAGCUUCGUCAUGGGCUGGCCCACCUGCAACUCUGUGGCCACCUUCAGCACCGUGGAACAGAAAGAGAAGUGGUUGUCUCUUAUUAAAAGUCAAAUGCGAGAAGAGAAAGAGAAGGAUAACCCAACAACCAUCCCACUGAAAGUGUUUGCGAAAGACAUCGGGAACUGUGCAUAUACUAAAACCUUAGCUGUUAGCAACUCUGACAGUGCCAGUGAGGUCAUCCGAUUGGCCCUGCAGCAGUUUGGCAUCGUGGGUAGUGUGAAGGAUUAUCAACUGUGGGUGAGCUCUAAGAGGGAUAAUGCCCCCUAUCCUCUCAUUGGUCAUGAGUUCCCUUUUAGCAUCCAGAUGAGUCAUCUCCAAAAACCGUCAGCCUGUUUGGGCGACCCCAAAGAUGCUAGCACGCACACUGACACACAGGUGAAACUGCUCCUAGAUCAGCUCCAGAGUGAUAACCAUUGCCAAUUCAUCCUCAAGCCAAGUCGUGUGGUCAUGGGGCAGUCUUUCAUGGCAGAGCCUGGUCAGAAGUCCUACAAGAGGAGACGUUCCCUCAUCAGCUGGGCUUUUUGGAGAGGAUCCACCAAUCAGCUGGAUGACCCACCCCUAAACCCACUCUUCUCUGCACCUGGUCAGCUUUUUGGUCUGCCACUCAAUGCAGUGUGCCAUGAUGAUGCUCUGCCAAGGCCAAUUAUGAACAUCCUGGUGUUCUUGUAUCAGGAGGCUCCAUUCACUAGAGGGAUCUUCCGGCGCUCUGCUGGAGCCAAAGCGUGCCGGGACCUGAGGGAUCGGCUGGACUCCGGCUCCCAAGACGUCUCACUUGUGCACGAGUCUAUCUUUGUCAUCGCUGCUGUCCUGAAGGAUUUCCUGCGGAACAUUCCAGGCAGCUUGCUGUCGUUUGAUCUGUACGAGCUAUGGAUGGGUGCCAUGGAUGGGCCCACGGAGGGGGAGGAGAGCCAAUUGGACGCCAUUCAGAGAUUGGUGGGCUGUCUGCCCAGCGAAAACUUGUUGUUGCUGAGUCACGUGCUUGCGGUGCUGCACCGAGUCCACCUUCAUUCCCAUGACAACCAGAUGAACGCCUUCAACCUGGCCGUCUGUAUCACUCCCAGUAUGCUCUCUGGUCCUGCUUUCAGCAGCCCCGAGCUGGAGGGCGAUGGAGCCAAGAAGGCUUGUGAGUUGGUGCGGCUGAUGAUAGAGAAUUGUAACGUCGUGAUGAGAGAGGAUGUCAUGUCACUAUUCAGUGGAUUCCCACAGAGAUGCACCAACAGCGACCUUGGAUCUGAUGUGUCUUCAUAUCAGAUGACUGAUUCCUCCUAUGACAGUCUGGAAAAUGAACUGGAAAAUGACUUGGGAUCACCAUUCCCGGCCAUCCAGCGUCCAGCAGCCCAGCCAGACAGCCGGAGCAGGGAUUCUGUAAUCACCCUGAGUGACUGUGACCUGGAUCAGACAGACGCCGACCCCAAGACACCGUUCUCAACGAAUCUCCUCCAUCCACCUCAGACCCCUCCCUCAAGGGUGCAUCAGGUCUCUCGACCAUCCUCCUCUCGAACCCGGAGCCCUUCGGAAGGACCCAUUCUCCUGCCAGGUUCCUGUCGCUUGCGUCGCUGCUCCGAACCCUCGAUACGUAAUUCCACCUUCUCCCUACUCCAGUGCCUGGAACGGCAAGUAGACCACAAAGGUAGUUACGAUGACACUGUAGACAGCGCCCGGGACAGCGAGGCCAAUGAGGUGUUCACAAGACACCUGAGCAUUCUCCAGUUGGACAAGCCAACCACACUGGAACGUGAGGGUGCCUCACCAGAUUGGCCUGCCGGCAGGGAUACGCAGAGACAGAAGGAGGCGACCAAAAAGCCUCCUCCACUCCAUCUGGACGCCAGCUUCUCCAGCCUGUAUUCCCCCGCCGCCUCCCCCACUCACUCCUCCAUUAGUUCCCUAGACAGCGCCUUCUCCCAGCACUCUGCCGACUACACCACACCCUGCCCCCCACAAAGGGGCACUUUGAGAAUGUCGGGGAAUGUCUCAUCAUGUUCAGUAGGACAGCUCUCUCCAUGCUCCCAAACCCAGGCGUCUCUUUUCUGCCCUGGGCCACUGAUCCAAUCACCCAGAGAGUCCCCAAACAAGGAGCCCUUCGAUUGGGGCCACCUGAAGAGCAGUCACGGGCUGCACCCAAACUCCUGGCUCAAGCGGGACCGCCGACUCUCACUCUCGCGUCAGCAUGAGGAUGACAUAGAUUUACAGGAUGGCCCAUCGGACGGCUUGGCUACGGUCAGCCAGAGGAGGGAGAGGAGAUCCCAGGAAUCAGCUGAACCAGGCGCGAGAAGGAGAUCCGUCAGCCCCCCGUCCUACCAGCAGGCACUGCUUCAGGCUCAGCACUGCAAGAGCAUGUUGUACUCCCCCUCGGACCAGCCACUCACAGUGAGGGAGCUGAGGGAACUCCAUCAGCAGGCUUGCACUCUUCCAAUGGCUGCCUCUACCAGUGUGCUUCCCCCUGCCCGCUCAAGGAGGCCAGCCCAGAGGAACCUGGUCUCGGGAGGUGACCACUUGGAUCUUCCUCAGGCCAUGUUCUACAUUCAGAGUGCUCACAACUUGGCGUUGCACCGACGCAAAUCUCACUCGCUCAUCCCUACUGCAGAGAAGGUUCUUCUCCCCAGCCCUGCCCGCCGUGCCUCUGAGCCAAUCGCAACAAGCUUGGGCCUGGAUCGAGAAUCCACUAUAGGUCUGGAGAGGCUCCACAGGCAGGCUCUUAGGCAGACAACAGACCAGGACAGGGCGUCCCAAAGUCAUGGCCUGAGGAUAUCUGACAUUGAGCCCAGUGGGGAACAAACAGAGCCCAGGUUCUGCCUUUCGCCUGCAGCCACAAAGGCUGUGAGGGACUACUUCUCAUUGCACACUCACGAAGAUCCACACAGCUCAUUAAAGAAGAGUCAAGAGGUGGCCCUGGCCAUCGUUCAAGGUAAGAGAGAAUGGAGUCGAAGAUGCAGUGAUCCCAGGCUGGAGGACUUUGAUCAGUUGCUUUUUGCUGAAGAGUCUUAUGUCUGACCAGACCAAAGGCCCAAAGACUUGACCCAUGAGGCUGGGCAGAAUAUGGCCUUCUUUUUGUUCACAAGAACUGCUCACUGAAUCUUGAUUCUUUAUGUUUUCAUUUUCCCUGCACCUAAAUCUGUGUUGCCACUUUAUAUUCAGUGCAUGUCAUAUUGCCAGUAAGUGAGUUUGCAAUAUGUUUUAAAGCAGAACUAGUUAUUUUCUAUUGGAGUUUGCUAGAAUACUUGCCUUGAACAAACCCCAUGCAUACUGCUACUUAAUCCAAAUUAUAGGUAAUGUUACUUAUCGUAUGUGGUUAUAUUAGUGAACAUGAGCUCUCACUAUGAAUUCAUAGUUUCCAAUUUAAUCAGUCCAAAUGGUUUAGUCCUUACAUAUUGGAUCAGUAGAUAAGUAUUAUUGGUACAUUAUGUGUAACUAGUCCUCUCUGACACCUGUGGAAUUCAGGGCCAUGUAGGCAGUAUUCGGCAGUAUAGCUUCACAUUGCCAUGUUUCAUAUGGUAAGUAUUAAUAGACUGCGGUUAUGUUGACAUUUUCUGCACUUGAAUAUACAUUGCCACUAUGUAUGUAAAUUGAGUCGAUAUAAUAACAACAAAACCAGGUGUGACACAGGCUCAAAUAUUAGACGUCUUAAGCAACCUAUGAAUAGCCUCUUAUAAACUUGGCUUGAUUUAACUGAACAGCUUUUAGAACAGCUUUCAAAAGGAAAUCUGCUUAGGCCAAAUAAGUAGAAGAGAUUUAUUACAUGAGUAUGUUAUGUAUGUGUAUGUAUGCGUACAAUCAUUUUUUGUGAAUAUAUGCUUUAUGGGAUAGAUGGAGCAUUUUAUGUACAAAUUCUAAUGUAUAGGUGCAAAUAUAGAGUCAAAGUUGUCAGUAAGGUGUAUGUGUACAGUUAUGUAAGGUUAAAUUCUACAGUUAAUAUUGUUAAAUGCAGUAUAUUGUUUCUUUUACCAUGUUAAAAAGUAUUGAUGCUGCCAACACUAAGUAUUUUGGUCUGUGAUAAUUACAGCAAAUCCAAAAUGAAUGUGUUAAUAGCUCAGUUUAUAUGCUUUCUAUAUUAUUUGUAACUUUAAGAUUUUCGUACAUGCCAAUAUUGCUGCUGUUGUUUUUUAAGUAUAUGCUUUUAAAGCUGGUAAUGUCUAUUUGUAAUGUGUAUAUCAAACUCUUAUUUCAUAUGAAGACAAUUUGUGACCAUUGAAAUUAAAUCAUACUUUGCCAUCAUAGUUGUGAUGUAAGUACUGCAAAUUUGCAUGGUUAGUUUUACAUUAUCUCCUUUCCUAGCAAGUAAAAAAAAUAAAGAA